ACAUCGCCCUUCAUCUCCAUGCAUCUCUAACUUCUCCAUCGCAUUCACUCACUCACCUUCAUUCAUUCAUUCACACCAACAACGCAACUUCCCUCACUUCAACAUGCAACCCUGGAUUUUCAGGUCAUUCCAACCCCCCGCCAAGAAGAAGAGCCCCUCCACCCCCCACUCCCCAAAUCGCCGCCUCCUCAGCCUCCUCGCCGCCACCGUCGCCGCCACCAUCCUCCUCCUCUUCCUCUUCCGCCAAACCCUCGUCGACCCCAGCAGCCUCUGCGUCUCCUCCUCCGCCGCCGUGCCCCUCACCCCCUCCGAGACCGACGUCGCGGCGGAGUUCGACGCCACGCCGAUCACCCUCGUCACCAUCCUCCACUACGCCACCGCCACCGCCCUCCCGCAGCAGACCAAGGGCGAGAUCCGAAGAUCCUUCGACGUCCUCCAAUCCCUCGCGCCAUGCAACUUCCUCGUAUUCGGACUCGGCCACGACUCGCUCAUGUGGGAAUCGUUCAAUCCACGUGGCACCACGCUGUUCCUCGAGGAGGAUCCCAAGUGGACCCUCUCCGCGCUCCAGCGCUUCCCCAUCCUACGCGCCUCCACCGUGCGUUACCCCACGCGCCUCUCCGAGGCCCACGCCCUCCUCUCCUCUUAUAAAACGGAUUGUGCCAAUGCCAGAACUGACACUGCCGGUCACCCCCUCAAAGGUCACCGGCAGUGCAAGCUGGCACUGGACGAGAUGCCAGAUGAGGUCUACGAUCAUGACUGGGAUGUGGUCAUGAUCGAUGGUCCCAGAGGGUACUUCGCGGCAGCGCCGGGGAGGAUGGCGGUGAUAUACUCGGUGGCUAUGAUGGCGCGUGCAAGAAAGGGAUCGGGAGUUACGCACGUGUUUCUUCAUGACGUGGAUAGGGAGGUAGAGAAAGAGUAUGCGAAGGAGUUCUUGUGCAUGAAAUAUAGGGUUGGGGGUAUUGGAAAGCUUUGGCACUUUGUCAUUCCACCCGUUGAUAAUGCUAGUGAUAUCACUCAUGGCUUUUGCUGAAAUUAACUAUAGUAGUGUCGUAUAUUUUCUCUUCUUUUAUGUCUUUAAAUAUGAAAUAUAAAAAGUUGUGUGUAACGAUUGUUCUACGUUUUGCUUCGCAGAACUCAACAAGUUUUAUCAUCUCCAAUUCGUGUCUAUUUUUUGUUACUAUACUUCCUCAUGCACUAGUAUAUCAAAGUUUAUAUCUAGCAUGCAUUUUGAGAUGGGUAUAAA